GUUGUACUAAUGACAGAUCAUACAUUAUGUUAAUGUCCGUACUUCAUUAUCAUACAUUAUGUUAAUGUCUGCACUUCAUUAUCAGAGCUGACACAUGCAGUGUACACAGUAACUCAUGGGCCUGGUCCUUUCAAAUGACGUCCAGAACUGCACAUCUUGUCACACAGAGUCUGUAGUCACAACAUAACUAGAUAAAAACAUCCACUGGAGAUUAAAAUAUAUUCCUAAUGCCAUUCAAAUACAGAUAUGAAACAAUCAUCACCACAUUUGCUAUUCACACUGGACAUCAUACUGACAAAGGCUAAGCACUGAAAACUAUGAAGGCUUUUGUGAUUCUUGCACUGGCUGUUUUUACAGGUUGCCAAGCCAACUUAUCUAAUGAAGAGAAGCCAAAUCCACAUCUGGAUCACUUAAUACAUGCAUUCUGGAACUAUAUUGCCCAAGCAGUACAAACUACUGAUGAACCUUCACAGAUGAUGAGGACAUCUCAGCUGGGACAGGAAGUCAAACUAACACAGACUCCUUCAUCUGAAGAUCUGAUGACCAAAAUCACCAAAGAGGCUGAAGUGUUGAGGGAGCAUCUGAGCCAGGACCUGAACACCAUGAGAGACAAACUGGAGCCCUAUGCUGACAACCUCAAGAGCCAGAUCCAGCAGAGAGUGGAGGAACUCAAGGUGGCCAUGACUCCAUAUGCAGAAUCCCUGGAUUCUGAGACCCUGAAGGCCACUCUGCUCCAGAAGAGUGAGGAGCUGAGAGGAAACCUGGAGCAGAGCGUGAAGGAGCUGCAGGCUCAGCUGGAGCCCUACACUGCUGAACUCAAGGAGAAUGUGCACCAAAACCUGCAGGAAAUGAAAAAAUCUUUUGCUGCAUCAACUGAAGACCUCCAGGCCCAGAUUUAAUUUCACAUUUCUAUAUUAUAUUGUGAUGUUUCUAGCAUUUUUCUUGUUAUUGCAACAAUAAAACAUCUGCCAUAUAUUAUUAUUUGUCACUGAUAUGUAGAAGAUUGCUAUAUGUCCAAUUCAGAAAAACCCACAAGUUUAAUAAUUCCUUGCUUUCACCAUUGGUUAUGCUAGACUGUUUUGUGGACCUUCAUGGUCAUCUUGCACUGUAUGAGCGUGCAGAAAUAUUCAAA